GCCCCACCCAUUCCAAAUUCCUAAUAAAAGUCCCACGGCUCGUCUCUAGCCAUGCGUUCAGCUAUGGUUUCUCGCACGGUGUAUGAAUUCUCUGCUCGGCUCAUCGCCAAUGGGGAGAACGCGGCUCUGUCCCAGUACCGGGGCCGAGUGCUUCUCAUUGAGAAUGUGGCAUCGCUCUGAGGCACAACUAUCCGGGAUUAUACCCAGAUGAGCAAACUGCAGAGCACGUAUGGCUCCCGCGGGCUGCAGGUCCUCGCCUUCCCCUGUAACCAGUUCGGACACCAGGAGAACAGCAACAACCAAGAAAUUCUGAACCUUCUGAAGUAUGUCCGUCCCGGGGGUGGCUUUGAACCAAACUUCCCCCUCUUUGAGAAGGUCGAUGUUAAUGGAGAAAAGGAGCAUCCUCUCUUUACUUUCCUGAAGGAGCAACUUCCAUAUCCCAGCGACGACUCCAUUUCCCUCAUGCAGGAUCCCAAGAGUAUCAUCUGGUCUCCUGUGCGUAGGAAUGACAUUGCGUGGAACUUUGAGAAGUUCCUUAUCACUAAGAAUGGGGUCCCGUACAAGCGAUAUGGCCGUCGCUUCGAGACAGUCAACAUCCAGCAAGACAUAGAGAAGCUGCUUCAUGAAAAUUGUGCAUAGUCAGUCUACUCAACAGAGUCCCGGGUUUCACUGUCCUUGUUUGUUCUUGGUGUAAAAUCACUUGCAUGUAUAGCCACUGCUCUGCCACUGCUCAACUACAACCUUCUACACGUUGAACAAUGACCACACCAUUCACUUCCAUGGAAAAAAAGUUGCAUGGCCUUGUGUCAGAUGCUUCAUUGAUAUGUUUCUAACAGUUCUAUUUUUUUUCCUUUGAGCAAAACUUGUAGAGCAACAUCUGAUGCUCCAUCCACCGCAUACAAGGACCCUGUGUAUACCCGGACAGCUCUGAUGCACUGACUGUUGUGUCAGAUCUUUAUGUCCCAUCCUAGUGAGGUUUGCUACCUGACCCUCCCCAAACCCUCUUUGUUCCCUGUACUGGCUACUAACCCUCAGGCUAUUACUUAUGAUGAUCUGCCUUGAAACCUAGAGAGGCAGAGCUGAUGUACUCCUGUAAGUGCCUGAGGGCAGGUGUUGGUAAAUGGAGCCUGGAGAUUGGAUGGAGGGUCCCUAUGUUAAAAUUGUCAUAAGAAAAUAAAGUUUAUUAAACUAUUUUGACAGGA